UCUAUUUUAUUAAUCAAAUAUAAUAAAAGAAUGUCUUGAAAUAAAAACGAAAACCAAAGCCAUUUAAAAACGGGCUUUUUUGAAGAGGUAUUUGUAACAAAAAUCCACUAUUAUGACGCCACGUAUAUGGAAAGAAAUUCUGUGUGACAACAGUCAAAUUAACCGUCAUGGAGAGACUCACUAUCGUCCAGUGCCAAAAGACAAGCAAAGAUCAGGACGUUCUUCGUCCAUAGUUGACGACGCGAUUUCCGACAAUGAAACAAUUAAAGAAGAAAUACAAAAGCUUUGUAAGAAUGAAUUUAUUCCGAUUUUCAGGUUCCUUAUGGAACGUCUAAAAUCUACUAAAGAAGUGGCUCGAAUUCGCAAUGACCUCCUGGAUGAUAAUUUCCUUCAUAAAGCAAAAAUUGACAAAAAAUUGAUACGGAUCAACACAAACACAAAAAACGGAGAACAACAGAUCAAUGAGUUGAUUUCACGUAUAGCAGAGAUUGAGUUCCAGAUAAGAAAAGUUCAAGAAGAAAUACGUGAAAAAAAGAAUAAGAUUUAUAUGAAAAAAACAUUUCAAGAAAAUUGUAAGUCCUUUGCAACGACUGAAAAUGAAUAUCGGUGCCACUUGGAAGAAUAUAGAGGAAAAUCUGGAAUAAAAGAUGAAAUAAGUACGACACAAAAAGGAAGUGAAACAACAACGACAAUUAAGAUCAAAAAAAUUUGCGGAAAACUCAAGUUACUCGGGAAAAAUGUGCCGAGUGGAAAUCAAAAAAAUCAAAUUCGCUUUUUGAUUGAGGAUUUGCUAAAAACUUCAUCUCCAAAAUUAUUGCUUAAAUCUGUAUCAGGAGUAAUUAAAUCUGCAUCUAAGGAUUUAACUCCAUGUGCUGAAUUACCAGUUGAUAAUACUAUUAAAGAUUCAAUAAACAAAGUUCAACGAUUGCUGCAGCAACGUAGAGAAAAUCAUAUUGAAAAGUUCAUUGGAACCGAGGCGAUCCUUAAUGAUAUUCUUAAGCUGAGAGAAAAAAUUGAACAGGAAACUGAAUCCGUAAAAGCAUAUAUUAAAAAAAAGUAUGUGCAUAUGCCUUCAAUGGACGAUAGUAUGAUGAGGUAGACAAGUGUUAAAUUCCAAGGCUUCCUUAGAAGCUAGCCAAGCCGCAUUUAACAGGAUAAUGAAGUUUGCCAACUUUCUUGAAAAUCAACAACAAAAUUUGGU